AUGCACGUCCUUCAAACCACGUUGGCUGUAGCCGCUUGCCUGCUGGGCACGGCCCAGGCCUCCGCCUGCCACUCGAACACCGGCUUGACCCAAAUGGUCACCUAUGUCAAGAGGCAUCCUGACUUUACACGCCAAGAGUUUUGGACGUACUGGCAAGAACAGCAUGCCCCCAAGGUCGCCCCUCUUGCCACAUAUUUCAACAUCAGCAGAUACCAGCAAAUCCAGGUUGGCGGCCAGAUCCUCCCUACCGAGGGAGGGGCUUCAGCCCCGGCAUCCGAUGAGCUGGUUGACUUCGACGGCAUCGCCAUGUUUCUCUAUGAAUCCCCCGAGGUCCUGACAGCCAUGCUGUCACAUCCAUACUACCUCGAUGUUGUCGAGCCUGACGAGCACGUCUUUAUCGACAAGGACGCUUUCGGUCUCGGGAUGGUUGCCACUUUCAUUGGCACCAACGUUGAGGUCGUGGACCGGGCCAGGGACGUCUGGAUUGGAGAUGAGGAUACGCACGAGCAGUACCAAGAGAUAUUUGAGGCCUACCUCGAUUAG